AUGUCGGGCGACACGCCUCCUCCGGAGGCACCAAAUCCGGCACACCCAGAGAUGAGCCAUGAGGAAGUGGUGCAAGAAAAAGAGGACGCCGUUCUACAACUCUUAGACAAUCUGGCAUCGAUCUCACGAAAGAUCACUGAGAGCAAAGUUGAGCCCUCAGAUAUUGACUUGUCUACGUGGGACUCUACAUACCGAGGCAUUGAGCAGGACUUCGAGAAAUUUUCCACCCACAUCGGUAUCUGCGGCGAUACAGGCCUCGGGAAGACGAUGCUACUGAACACUCUGAUUAAUGACACAAUAGACAUCGCGCCAAGUUCCCAACGGGCCGCCUGCACUGCGGCAGUCUGUUGCUUCCAGAAUCAUUAUCCGGAGAGCGGCACGUCGAAAUUCAGGGCCAAAGUUACAUUCAAGAGCAAGGAAGCCGUUGAACAAGAGCUAGCGUCCAUGUUCCAAGAAAUGAAAGAUCUCCACGAUCGAGUGGAAGCGGAAGGCUCAGACGAGAUAACAAGAACUGAGGAAGUCCGUUUCCAAGAGCAAAUUAAGGUUAUUAGCGGGUGGUCAGGAUUCAGUCCUGCUCAGGUGAAAGAGCUUGGCUUGUCGGAUCAAAUUGACCAAAUCACAAGCUGUUGCGAGAGUGCGAACAUGCUUUUCAAUCUUUCUCAGCCCAACAUAGCUAAGCAUACUCGCCUCAACGCGGAUAACCCUCAAAAGUUUUUGCGAGAAGUGACGCCCUUUGUGGGCUCUGUUUCAAAUGCGAAGAGAGGACAACUCCGGUGGCCACUUGUUGAGCUCGUCAAAAUCUGGCUUCCCUCUCCGCUUCUCUCCAGAUGUUCAGGCCUAGUCUUGGUUGAUCUGCCUGGCCAAAUGGACGCUCUAGAUUCCCGUUCGCAGGUUGCUAGAGAAUAUUACGACAAGCUCGACAAAAUGCUCAUAGUCACUCCAGCUGACAGAGCUCAAGACAAUCGAACGGCCACGGAACUCAUCUGUGCAGACCAAAUUUACGAUUUAGAAGCAAGUGGCAAGCUCGAUGAUAACUCGAUCGCUAUCAUUAUCACCAAGGUUGAUCAACUCGACUGGGAAAAGUACGUGAAUACAGAGGCAGAUCCAGAUUCUAUCUGCCCAUCUUUUGCCACAGACAGAAAUCUCUACGAGGAGAAGUCUGAACAGUUGAGAGAUCUACAGGAGAAAAUAGUCUCUCUCAAAGCUGAAGGCAAUGGGUGCCCUGAGCCUAUUUCCGGGAAUAGCUCUUCAAAGCGUGCGGUCCAAGACUCCUCGCAGACUUCCCCCGAGCUGACCCAAGCGAUGAAUCUACGCCACGUCCUAGAGAGCGAGGUCAAGGAAUUGUACAACCGCUGCUUGGCGGCUUGCAUCCAAUCACGGUCCAAGGGUAGCGUGGAAGCUCUCCAGGUUUACUUCGACCAGGUCCGCAACUCUGCUCGUCAAACUCGAGACGCUUCUACUGUAUUGUCAGUCUUGCCCGUUAGCAGUAAAGCUCAGCAAAGCCUCGCAAGAAAACUCCCCAUGGACGGCUUCCCUGAUAGUACAGCAACAGGAUUCACUUCUUUAAAAGAUUGGAUUGUCCAAGCUACUCUGACAAGCAGAGAAAUCCAAGCUGACAACAUCCUUUACCGAUGCAAAGUCUCUUUUGAUGCAAUCGAAGAGUGGGCUGUAGACAAACCUAGAGCUCCAUUCCAGUUGCCUCGGGCAUCUAAACCAGAGAUUGAACAAGUGUUGAAGGAAGCGUCCCUAAAGCUAAAAGCGGAACUCCAAAGAUCUGAAAACAACUUGCAGGGGGUGGUGGGAAGGCUGGAGCCUUAUAGAGCCUCCAAGAAUGGGGCAGAUGAUCCUGCCAUCACUGGGUUUUCAAACCUUGUUGAUAGGUUCCAAAAGGAUAUCGAUGGGACCAGGCUUCAUUGGAGUACCUAUUCGGCAUGCAUUCGUCGCCAAGGGCGCCAAUUUCACACAUCCCACAAACCCCGAAAGACACAUUGCUGGGAGGCAAGAUUGUACGGUCACUACUGGGCCAAGAAGGCGCAUGUCUGGAACUUUGCCUUCACCAAGAAACUUCCGGCAUACUUCGUCGAUCUGGCCAAGAAGGCUGGGCAAAACAUCUUCCACAACCUGCACGCGACCUGUAACCUUGACAGUUUGCCACUAGAGUAUAGAGAGGCAUUCGGACGAGUGGCUUAUAAAGCUUAUAACUUAGCAAUGGAGCAUCAGUCUAAGAUGAUUCAGACCGCAGCUCAUUUUAGGGCAAAUAUCAACAAAAUUCGCCUCAAGUCCCGAGCGUAUAUGAAUGAGCCUAUGAAGGAAGGCUAUAUUGAAGCUUCUCAGCAUCAUGGGAAGGGAAUGGUAAAGAAACAGAUUCAGACGAUGCACGACUUUGCAGUCAAAGAAGGAGAUGAAAUCAUCAUCUCUAUUGGAGCCAAAGUCUCGGAGGAAUUAAUUGAGUGCCGGAAGCAACUCCUCAAAAAAUACAGAAAGUUGAACAAGGAGUUGAUUGAAAAUCUUGGCAAAAUCGAGACCCAGGUCCUUAAACAACUCUGCUCAGGGUCCAAAGACGCCCCGGAUUGCGCUGCCGAGGUCAAGGAACUCCGGAGCUCUCUUCUUGACGAUAUCAAGAGCUGGAACGAGUACUGGGACUCACAUGGGACCAAAAUAGGACCGAUCAGAAUCCCACCAUGUGACGAAACGCUGGUGGCCGAUGCGCCUGACGAAGACGAAAAGAAUAAGCCGAAGAAGGCCUCAAAGGGAGAAAAGAAGCCUCGAAAGGCAGCAGCUCCGGGCAAAAAAGCCAAGGGCAAGGCGAAGAAGCCCAUCCAAGAAGACGCCAAGGACGAAUGGUGCGAUGGAUCUGAGCAAGAGGAGCCUGGCUACGCUACACCGCCGGAGGAAAAGAAAUGA